CCUUCAAUCUUUCCUAUUUGUGGGAGUAGUAUUUAUUCACAAGUGCAAUCCAAAUUUUCCUAUAAUUCACUCAACAAAUCUCGCUUUUCGCAUUCAAUUCCUCGGUUUUCCUUCUCGUUUCUGGGUGCCAACAUGACAAUCUGUACAAGAAUCUGAGUCGAUCGGAAUUCAGGUUUGGUUGUCACCCAUGUAACGCGACAGGAAAAGGAAAAGAAAAAAAGGAAGAGAGAGAGGGAGAGAGAGAAAAGGAAGAAGUUCAGAAACAAGAUAAGGUGGAAGCAAUGGAGCUGAAGGGAAAUUUCUUGCCUCAAUUUAAAGUUCCGGAAAGCCAAUUCGUGUUGCCUUCCUCGGGCAAACGCGAAUAUAUGGUUGUCGUCGGAAUGUUUACUAGGGAGACAUUUCCUGCUCAGUACUAUAGAUGGAAGAAUCUUGAAGUUCAUUGCAACAAUGACCAAAGCAUCAGGUACUUGGCUCCUUCUAGGAAUGAGAGCUCAAAGCUGCCUGACCUCUCAUUUGACCGGCUGCAGCUUACUGACAAGGAAUGUACUGGACUACAAAGGAGGAACUUUGGUCGUUUUGUUGCUCGUGAGGCUAUACUAGAUGAAGAAUAUUGGACAGCGGCAUGGCUCCGAGCAGAAGCCCAUUGGGAGUCCUUAUCUUAUAUGAGGCAUGUUGACAGUUAUAAAAGGAAGUAUGCUGAAGAGGAGUUCUAUGCUUUGAAGCGAAGAUGUUUUGGACAGGAGGGAAAUUCAUUGAACUGCUAUUGUUUUGUUGCAAUGAAGAAAGAAGAUAGAAGUGUCAGAAGAACAGUCCUGAACAGUAUAGUGGGAACGUUGGACCUAAGUAUUAGGCAGUUUCUGCAAGGGGAAACAUAUCCUGGGGAAAUAAAGAAACUGUCUGCUGUUUUGGCUACCCCAGAGCCCUUUGAUACACAUAAAUAUGCUUAUAUUGCAAAUGUUUGUGUAGCAAAGUUUGCUCGACGCCAGGGUAUUGCUUCAAACAUGUUAUACUUGGCUACUGAAGUAGCCAUGAUGGCAGGGAUGAAGCAGCUCUUUGUUCAUGUAAAUGCAGACAACAAGCCUGCUCAGGAUCUCUACAUAAAGACUGGCUUUAAGGUUGUCGAGGCAGCUUCAUCUCCUACUUCAAAAGAUCAGAGGAUACUCAUGUCUAUGGAAUUGUGCAAGAUUCUGUCUUCAUCACAAAAGCGUCUGAAGAUCAGCGCUACCACGUAAAAGACGCACCACGAACUCUAUAUAUGUUCUUGAGUAAGUAAAAUCAUCAGUAUAUGCUAAACAAAGAUGAGAACAGGACUGUUUAUAUUAGAAUGUAUGUUUACUAUGAUAUUGAUAAUUAUCUUAGGGAGAUGAUACAUUUUAUUUGAUGUAACAAAGGCUCAAAUGAUCAUUUGAUGUAAAGUGUGUUUAAGUUAUAUGAUAUCUUGAUGCUAUGUUCAAAAUUUUUGACCAGUUAUAAUUGACAAGUAGCACUUUUA